AUGUCCAGUCUUUUAGACAGUUGGAUAAACGAAAACACGCAUACAUGCUUUUAUCCAAAGCGGAAAGAUUAUUCUGAAAUAAAUAAAUGGAUUCAGGAGGAUAAAAAUCCAGAUGAUUCUUGGCUCAAGAAUCAAAAAAUUAAAGUCAUCAAAAAAUACAGAUCUUUGGAGAAGGAAAAACGCGGUUUGAAUAAGUACCUGCUCACGCUUCAAGCAUUUGGAGAGCAAGAAGACCUCCAGAAAUCUUCAAAGCGAACAUCAGAUUCUACUCUUUUAGAAAAAAAAGACGUAUUGUGUAACCGCCUCGGUAUUGAAGAAACGAACAAGGACAUUGGUAAACGAAUAAGUCGAUGGCUAAUUGGCGCGCCAGAUCGAGAGGGCGGCAGAAAAAUGAGAGAAGCAGCUGCAAGUCAUGAGUAA